GACGGCCAUUUUGCUGGUUUUGUCGAAGAAGUAUCGGAAUGUCUGUGUUGAAGCAACCGACAGACAACGACGCUUUGGCGCUGUUAGCGCUUAAAUCUGCCCCUUCCAGCCCAAGUAGGAUACCAUGGGCAGAUGUUACAGACCGAGGUUUGGCCAUAGCGCGACUGGAAGGCCGUGAAUUUGAGUAUUUAAUGCGGCAAAACCGCAUCUCGAUUGGUCGCAACAGCAGUCAGGGCGAAGUCGAUGUAAACAUGGGCCACUCAAGUUUUAUCUCACGAAAACAUCUAGAAAUAUCCUUCGAAAGUCCCAACUUCUUUCUGCACUGCUCGGGUAAGAAUGGUAUCUUUGUUGACGGGAUUUUCCAACGAAGAGGAGCCAACCCACUCCAGCUUCCACGAGCGUGUGUUCUCCGAUUUCCUAGUACCAAUAUAAAGAUAAUGUUUCAGGCCCUAAUAGAUGAACAUAAUGCGCCCCAAAAUUCUGGGAUACCCAGCCCGCCAAAGAAGAAACAGAUGACUGAGUUGAGAAUAAACAUUCCAGAUUCUAAUGCAGAUUUUGGUAAUUCGUUUCCUUCACCAACUGGGACAAUCAGUGCUGCCAAUUCAUGUCCGUCUAGUCCACGUGGUGGCACCGGUCACCGCCGCAAUGUCGCUUCUGAACUCCAAGCAGCAGCGUAUGCAGCUGCAGCAGUGGCUGCUGAAGAUAAAGAAAGCCACUCAUCAAGUAACGAGAGUCCUAAAGAUGAUUCCAAACCACCUUAUUCAUAUGCUCAGCUCAUAGUCCAGGCAAUUAUAUCGGCGCAAGAUAAACAAUUAACACUUAGUGGAAUUUAUUGUCAUAUUAUGAAAAAUUAUCCCUAUUAUAGGUCAGCUGACAAAGGCUGGCAGAAUUCAAUUCGCCACAACUUGUCACUUAAUCGUUACUUUAUCAAAGUGCCUCGUUCACAAGAAGAACCUGGUAAAGGGUCAUUUUGGCGGUUAGAUCCAGCAUCCGAAGCCAAGUUAACAGAGCAAGCAUUUAGAAGGCGGAGACAGCGAGGAGUACCAUGUUUUAGUAGAACACCAUUUGGGGGCAUUUCAUCAAGGUCAGCACCAGCUUCACCCACACACAGUAGUCAGUAUCACCACAUGGGGACAUUUACUCCAGAUAACUUAUCACGAGAAGGCUCACCAGUACCAUCUGGUAGUGAUGCAGAGCAUCAAGCUGAGCAACUUCAGUUACAACAACAGCAGCAGCAGCAGCAACAGCAACAGCAGCAGCAACCACAACAAAAUGUUGCUGUUAUGCAGUCAACACAGAUGGUGCAAGCUCCUAGAAUACUAAACCAAUUACAAGAAGUGAAAUUCACACCUAUGUCACCGCCUCCGCCAGUUAGUAAUGCAGGUGUUCCAAUCACUGUCACCAUGGCAACACAUCAACUACCAACAGUUAUUAGUCAGCCAAAAAAUUAUAUGGUCAGUAAAGCAAUGGCCAUGCCGGCCAGUAAUGGUGUGAUCGGAUUAGAUUCUUCUAAUGGAAUUAAAAGAGAAGACAUUAAUGAAGAAAAAUAUGUGAUGCAGCCACCAGUGAUAAAACCAAUCCAAUCAUUCAGCCACCCACACCUGAUGUCAGUUGAAAGCAAAGUGAAUCCUCAGUCUUUAGCCGUGACGUACACAACUCAGACUCAACAACCUGUAAUGAGCAGUACAGCUGGUCUCAACGUUUUAGCAACCUCUGCAGCGAGUUCGCCAUUAAUACCCGCAAAACGGCCGUUAAAUGGUAGCCAUGUUUCGGAUGAACGAGAGGACGUGAAACGACCAAAGUUUGAAAACCCAGACAACUGGAACAGUGCUGCAGAGGGAAAAUGAACUUAUAUUACGCUUUAAACUCAGGGUUAUGCUGCCAUCAUUUUUUUUUGUUUUUCUCCAUCAUUUGAUUAAUCUAGCAGUCCAGGUUUGAAUUGUCAAUAGGCUUGUAUUACCUUUUUCGCUUAUUGAUAAACAAAAGUGUACCAGUCAGGUUGCAAAUUAUGUAUAAGUUAUUCAGUCGCGUGGUAGUUGAGUGAACAGAACAACUUCUAAAAUUGGUGACAGCAUCCUGUUUGGUCAACCAUGGAUAAUUUCAAUGAAUCUGGUAUGAGGCGAGUUUCAGUUGGUGCACUGUGCUUUGCGGGACUCCGUUUUAGCAUCAGCGGUCCGAUAUUUUGCCAAUCUGUGGCGUGUUUUCGUAGAAUGAAUGAAUGAAUUAAUUAUGAAUUUCUAAUGGGACCAUCUAUUUGCUGUGUGUUGGUUGAUGAUUACAUUUUAAUAACUAAUACUAGAACAUCAUAUUUGAAUAAUAUAUAAAGGACGAUGAUUUAACCAUGACAUUUAAUAAACUGGACUUAGCUUUGGCAUAUUGAUAUUAAAGGUGAGCACCUUAAA